AUUGCAACGCCGUUGCGUUGCCAGAGCAUCUGACGAGACUCACGGUCCCAGGAAGCAGCGGUGCUUAUUUCAUCUCUUUAUAGCGAUAAGGACGAAGGAGCGUUGAGCGUAGGGGUUAAGGGUUAUAAAUGAAGAAAGAAGGGUGUUUUCAUUUUAUUUCAGUUUAGUUUAUUGGCAGCAUUCAGGGCUUUCUGUUAUGAUUUGGCGUUGAUAUCAGCGAUAUUCUUUUUUAAGGGUAGCCAAUAACAGCAGCCCGUAGCCUUCAACUGCCUAAACAUUUGGCAGAAACACACAAAACAAACCUUUAUAAUUAAUUUCAUCUGUAACGUGGGCUGGCGGCAAGCCAAUAAUUGACUCUGGAGCAGGACACGGAGGAUAGUAUGGCCAUGACGGGAGGGACUGCAGCUGCCCUUCCCAUGAGCAACCACACCCGUGAGAGGGUGACCGUGGCCAAGCUGACCCUGGAAAACUUCUACAGCACUCUCCUGACCCAGCACGAGGAGCGGGAGACAAGACAGAAGAAGCUGGAGAAGGCUAUGGAUGAAGAGGGUUUACCAGACGAGGAGAAAGUCAUGCGUCGCUCACAGCAUGCUCGUAAGGAGACAGAGUUUCUGCGACUGAAAAGGACACGACUGGGAUUGGACGAUUUCGAGUCCCUCAAAGUUAUUGGACGAGGCGCUUUUGGAGAGGUUCGUUUGGUGCAGAAAAAAGACACCGGGCACAUUUAUGCAAUGAAGAUUUUGAGGAAAGCGGACAUGCUGGAGAAGGAACAGGUUGCUCAUAUCCGGGCAGAAAGGGAUAUUCUGGUGGAGGCAGACGGUGCCUGGGUGGUGAAGAUGUUCUACAGCUUCCAGGACAAGAGGAACCUCUACCUCAUCAUGGAGUUUCUACCUGGAGGCGACAUGAUGACGCUGCUGAUGAAGAAGGACACUCUGUCUGAAGAAGCCACUCAGUUCUACAUCGCAGAGACGGUCCUGGCCAUCGACUCCAUCCACCAACUGGGAUUCAUCCACAGAGACAUAAAACCGGACAACCUGCUCCUGGACUCUAGGGGCCACGUGAAGCUGUCAGACUUUGGCCUAUGCACAGGACUGAAAAAGGCUCAUCGCACAGAGUUUUACAGGAACCUGACGCACAACCCGCCCAGUGAUUUCUCAUUUCAAAAUAUGAACUCCAAGAGGAAAGCAGAAACGUGGAAGAAGAAUCGAAGGCAGCUGGCUUAUUCCACUGUGGGGACGCCUGAUUACAUCGCUCCUGAAGUCUUCAUGCAGACGGGAUAUAACAAGUUGUGUGACUGGUGGUCUCUGGGCGUCAUCAUGUAUGAAAUGCUCAUUGGUUAUCCACCCUUCUGCUCUGAGACGCCGCAGGAGACGUACAGGAAGGUAAUGAACUGGAAAGAAACCCUGGUCUUCCCCCCUGAGGUUCCCAUCUCAGAGAGGGCCAAAGACCUGAUAUUAAGGUAUUGCACCGAUGCUGAGAACAGGGUUGGAGCUGUGAACGUGGAGGAGAUUAAAAGUCAUCAGUUCUUUGAGUCGGUGGAUUGGGAACACAUCAGGGAGCGGCCAGCAGCCAUUUCCAUUGAAAUCAAGAGCAUUGACGACACCUCCAACUUUGAUGACUUCCCUGAAUCAGACAUCCUUCAGCCAGCCAAUGCGACGGAGCCGGACUUCAAGUCGAAGGACUGGGUGUUUCUCAACUACACGUACAAGCGCUUCGAGGGUCUGACUCAGCGAGGCACCAUCCCCACAUACAUGAAGGCCGGGAAGGCUUGACAGGUUCAAAAAGGAAAUGGGUGCGAGGAAGAAAAACAAAAAAGACAUUCACGGACACAGGGUCGGGCCUCUGAGCCCCACUGGUGCUGAAGGCUGCGUCGGCAGCCUCUCAGUCUAAAUUUUAACCCUCACUGCGACGCAAGCAUUAAGACUCCUCAACUUUUGCAAGAACGCCAAGACCUCGGAAACGAAGGAGCGUUACCUCAUUACCUCGGUUUAUGUUAUGUCCGUGCGUCGUCUUUAGCCAUAGCUCUCAGGCCACCUUACUAACCACAGUAAGAUGCUAAAUUAGCAUAUCUGCAUGUUCAGCAGCAUAUUGCUUCAAUUUACUGCCUAAAGGCGACUUGUGCAUAUGAGGCUUGAAUACAAUGAUCCAACAUUCAUACACUGUAGUCAAACUGUAGAUUAUGACCAAGACGGUAAAGCGUCACCUGCAAUCUGUUGAAAGAUUUAUCAGUAGUAAUCAGUAGAGAAAGUUGGAAAACAAGCAGGACAGUGGCUCUCGAGGACCAGGGUUGGCCACCCCUGAUUUACAGGAAUCUUCCAGCAUGAUUCCCAGUGUUUUAUUGCUCUAAAUACUGUAACAAAUAUAAAGAAAGUCACAUCCAUUCCAGAAUGAAUCACUGGAUGAAAAUCUCAUCCCAAACAUUAUGUUCAGCCUGAGCUGCACCUUUUUAUUUUGCAAAUGAUAUAUAAAUAUGAUUAGCGUUUUUUUUUUUUUUUUAAAUAGCCAAAUCUAGCAUGCUGCUCUAGUAAACUAAGGUGCUGAACGUGUUAACUAGUAUUUAACUUAUUGCCAUUGUAAUUGUGGGAAUGUUAGAAAGAUUGGGUCAUAGCACCACUGAGUAGGUGCAGCCUCACAGCGCAGCCCGUUAGGUUUUUCAACAAGCGAAAUGAUACAUUUAUAUAUAACUGUGACUUUUGUGCUUUAAAAGGUAAGAUAGCAAUUAGCAUUGAAAUGAUUUCAAAUUGAAAAAAAGAGCGAGUGAAAACCGAGAUCAUGCUGGAACCCUUCUUGCGUUCCAACGGUGGCGGUACACAGUGCGGCUCUGUGCGAACUCAGUGGGGCAGCUCUUCAGCGCUAUUGCUGUUCUCACACAGGGGAACCGCUGGUUGCCAGGAAACAUCUGAGCGCGGUUUACCCUGCACUCGACAUCCGUUACCGUGGAGGGUUGCCCAUUCACAAUGCCAAACAAACUCCAGUGGGUGUCACUUCCCUUUUGGAGCCACGUUUUGUUUAGAUCCCUGCUUCACUAAUUGAUAUUUCUUCCCCUGAUUUUUAAAUCCAAUCCGUCCAAAGGUCAACCCUUUUCUUCUUAGAUGGACAGAACAUGCAAAGUGCCUUUAAACAGCUGAGAAAUAGUUAAGUAGAUAUUGUCAGAUGUUAAAAAGAACGGUAUGAUGAAGUUAAGAGUUUAGAAGGUUAACUGUACAGGGAAAACUAAAAAGGGGAAAUGUUCUAGUGUCACUAGGUAAAUUCAGCUUGUAAAGAAGAAUUGGUCUUCUCACUGAGCCGGUCUGAACCUCGCAUGCGUCUGUCGUAUCAGAGUGUGUGCAGAGUAAUAAACAUAGAUAAAACAAGGGUCGUAUAGAAAACAGGUUUUAUAGGUAGAUGAUAAAGGAGUGAGCUUGUAAAAGCAUAAACGUGGUGAAUAAAGUGUCUUUUGUUUGUCGGGUAACUAUUAAACUAAAUGAGAAUAGACUAUUAGGUGUGAUGGGUAUAGUAGAUAUACGUGUUGGCUUUUUGCCUUUUGAAGUUCCUAAAUAACGUUUCAUUUCGAAUGAACUUUGCAUUGGCUGUUGUUUGAGAGAGAAGAAAGAAACAGGGAACCAUUAGAACCAUCGCGUCUGCUCUGAGCUGUGACUAGACGGUUACCAAAGAACUGAUCACCGUGUCAUGAUCUGAACACGUAUUCACAUGUAGCUAUCGCUUACUGCACUCAACAUUAAACUACCUUUUAAAACAAAAAAAAAAACAACAAAAAACAGCUUUCCCACGAGAGCUAACCUGAUUGUGGGCCUUUUUCCUCUCGCCAUUUCUACUUCUACACUGGUCAAAAUGAGUGUGUCAACACAGAUGUUUUUCAGUUAGCACAUCUGGUCAAGUGUCUACAAAGGGACUUACAUGAACAAACUGGGGACUGGACUGUAGUGGGUCAUGUUUAAUUGCAGCCAUCACUCAAUUCCUAUAUUAAACUGUUAGUGGUGCUACUUGAGGAACUAAUUGCAAAUAGGUGAUCUGGCAGUUUCAUUAGUAUAACACAGAUCCACCAGUGUCAUCCAGGGAGUCCUACUGAAAGUCUAAUGAACAUCAAGACUGAUGGCAAACCCUACAAAAUGUGGCUCACUGAAGCUUGACAUGAACAUUUUUGCAUAAUUUAUUAUUUUUCAGGUGUGUUAAAUUAGUUUGUGUCUAAAUAUUCAAUGUAUUAAAGCAGAUAUGUUUUCAUGCAUUGCUCCCAUAGACCUUCUCCAGCUGUUUAGACACAACAAGAAAUCCACAAAUAAAAAAUAAAAAUGCUGGAUGACAUCAUCAGUUACUUAUUCAGACUUUGACGUCUUCCGAAUGUUAUGCAGGGUAAGCGGCACUCUGGUGUGUAAAAUCUUCGGAGUGCCUCUUUAAUAACUAAUAGAGCGUGUCUUGAAACAUGCAUCUAAACAUUCUUCAUCCUAUUAAAUCAGACAACUCACUUCCCUCCCGUUUUUGACACAAAAUAGAAAUAUAAACCUCUGGGUUUUACCAACAGACGAGUGAAAUCAAGGGUAAAACCAGUAGCAGGACAGACAUAGGCUGAUGGUUACUGCUGUAGAUUUCCCCAUUGUGUCUAGUCACUGGAACACAAACUCAGUGGGGCGGGGGGACAAACAGCUGUAGUCGGUCGUGUUUCACAGUCAAACAGUUCACUUUGUUUAUGAAGCAGAGAGAAAGAGUGUGAUAUUUCACGACUCAUACUCUGUGUGUUAAUCAAUGAAUUCAUUAUGUUUGUUUUCAUCAAAAACACAUGUAAAAAGAAGACAAAUACUGCAUUUGUUGAUUCAUACAAUUCUUCACCUGUAUGUAAGAUGACUUGAAAACUGUGCCACUUUAUGCAGAAGUAACUAAAUGAUCGUUAAGGAUCUAGACUACUAUUAACGUCACUUUCAUUUUGAAUUGAGCUAAACAAUUCAUUCACGGACCAAACUGCUAUGAUCAGAUGUAGGAUGCAGGAAGACAUUUCUAUCUCAGAGUAAGGAAACAUGGAGAGUCAUAGCAGAUUAGAGGUUCAUUCACAUCUAAUGUCUAGUUUUAGACAGAAGGGGUCUAAUUCGCUGCUCUGGCUUCCGUUUCUUCGCGAUCUGGUAAAAGGUUUCCGAACCCCUCCCAAGGCCAGGACUGUGUGGUAAAGUAUUUUGUGUUAUGAUGUGUACAUAUUGUUGUAGAAAGGGUCCCUGGAGUAGAUGAAAAAUUGAGGACAAUGCUCAUUAAUAUAUUAAUCCAAGCUGAUGGGUUUUUAUGUUGAUAAAAUGCUUAAUAAAAUAAAACAAUUCAAAACUGAAA